AUGAACCGAUCCCUCGAUGGCUGGCUCAGCAAGCUCGCCACCACCCGGUCGGGGACCAGCAUGUGGCAGCGCCGCUGGUUCGUGCUGAGCGGCGAUCGAUUGCAGUACUUCAACAGCCCGGGCGAUGUGGGCGGCGGCGACGCAAAGUGGACGCUCGAGCUCAGCGCGCUCGGCGCGAGCACGAGCGACGGGCCGGCGGACCAGGCCGACGCCGCGCGGUUCGAGUUGCUCGCCGGCGGCCAGGCCUAUUCCCUCCGCGCCGAUUCCGAGGUUGAGGCCGAGAUGUGGCGUGCGGCUCUCGACACGCCCACCGCCGGCUCGGCUCUUCCGGCACCGUCAGCAGAGCCGCCGGCGGGCAUGAGCCUCUUCGACGGCCUCGCCGUGCCUGCCGCGACACCCGCCGCGGCAGUCGGCUCCUCCUUCGGAUUCUGCUCCCCGUCGCCGCCGCCCGAGCCGGAGCCGAGUGGAGGCCAACCCGCAGGCUCGCUGCAGCCGAGCUCGCUGCAGGGAGGCUCGCUGGCGGGAGGCUCCUCGUUCGGCUUCCUCGCUUCGGCCGGACCGGGAGGGCCGGCGGCCACUCCGCCGCCCGCUCCUGGAGCCGCUCCGCCGCCCGCCGCAACAAAGAAGAAGAAGAUUGUGCGCAAGGCGCCAGAGGAGGUUGACGUCGCCCCCAGGGUGGCCCAGACGCGGCUGCGGCUCUGCGCCGUGCAGCUCGGCCUGCUGCGGCAGCGGGCGAGCCGCGAAGGUGAGCUCGCCUCGCUCAAGCAGAGCCGCGCGGCGGCGCAGGCGGCGCAGGCGGAGGCGUCUGCGGCGGAGGAGUACGAGCGGGCGGCUUCCCUCGCGGCGGAGCUCGAGGCGCUCGAGGGGAGGGAGGCGGAGCUGGCGGAGGGCGAGGCGGAGGGCGAGGCUUCCUACGCGAGGGCCGCGGAGCGGCAGGCGGCGCUGCUCGGCGAGCAGCGGAGCUUGUGGGCGGACCAGGUCGGCGAGGCGCGGCGCUGCCUCGCGGCGAGAGAGGAGGUCGCGGCGAGGGAGGCGACCGCGCGCGAGUCGCUCCUCGAGGCGCAGGAGGAGCGGCUGGGCGAAUAA